AUGAAAUCGAAAGAAAAUCCUUUUAUUUGUCGUAUUCUACUCAUAAUAAUACUUUAUCUUCUACAAGGAUAUAUUCAAGGUUUUAUGUCAUCGAUUCCGUUAUAUUUGUCUUCGUACAAAGCAUCGUGGCAAGAACAAAGUAUCUUUAGUUGGGCUUUUUAUCCAUUUAGUUUUAAAAUUCUUUGGGCACCUAUACUAGAUUCAAUUUAUUCUUAUCGAUUUGGUCGUUAUGUAACAUGGUUAAUACCUAUUCAAAUAAUAAUUGCAAGCCAAGACAUCGUUGUGGAUGGCUGGUCGAUCUUAUUAUUUACUAGUUCGAAUCCACAAUGGGCAUCAACUUGUCAAACUAUUGGGCAAGUUAUUGGAUAUUUUCUUGGUUCGACAAUAUUGAUGACAUUUGAAUCAUCCAAUUUUAUGAAUAAAUAUAUUCGUAAACCUCUUUCUUUACCUCAACGUUCAUCGGGAUUAUUCUCUCUUCAACAAUUUACUUUCAGUGGUGGUAUAGGAUUUAUCUUUGUUAGUCUUAUUAUUUCAUUAACCUUUUUUUUCAAUCAACCAUCAAAUAAAACAAUGAAUAUCAAUAAACAAAAAAAGAUGCAUACAAAAUUAGAUUUGUUUGAAACAUAUUCAUCUAUAUUAAAAUUAUUUCAAAAACAAUGUAUGCGUGAAUUGGCCUUAAUAUUAAUAACUUUUGAUAUUGGCUUUGCAGCAACUAAUUAUAUGACUGUUUUAACAUUAUCAGAAUAUGGCAUAACGCGUGAUACUAUUGCUCUUCUAAAUAUUCCUUCAAUUGUAAUACAUAUUCUUGUACCUUUGUGUAUGAGUAGAAUACGACAUCCGUUAAUAUGGUUUGCUUAUGGUUAUAUUCCACGUUUAAUUAGUGCUGUUAUUGUAGUUAUUUACAUAUAUUUCAUACCACAAAUUCUUCAUACAUGGUAUUUUUAUCCAACUCUGAUUCUAUUAUUCUGUUUGAAUCAAACAGUCCUGUACAUAAUGAUAGUAUCACGUGUUGGCUUCUCUACACGAAUUAGUGAACCACAAAUAGCUGGAACAUAUAUGACAUUAUUAGCAACAAUAUCUAAUUUAGGUCAAAGUUUAUUGUCAACAUUAGUAUUUUAUAUAGCAAAUUGGUUACCGAAAACAGAUGCAUAUUUUAUUGAAGUAGGAGGAUGUGUUCUACUUGGUUUAAUAUGGAUCAAAUUCUUCUGGCAUACAUUAAUGCAUUUAGAUACAUUACCUGUUGAAGAAUGGUAUCUAAAACCUUCGGCUGAUGUCGAUAUUAUAAUUGACUACGAGCCUACAACUACAGUCAAAUACAAUUAA